AAACAACACACAGCCCCGUAACACCUUGAUAAAACUGCCAACGAACCCAACGAACGAACGAGCUCAGUGACAUCUUGGAAAACUUAACGCCGCCAACCGACAUCUUUACCGACAAACUUUUUUCAGACAGCCGAACCAACCAUGACGACCGCAGCCAGCCCAAAGAAGAAAGGAGGCUUCAGCAGCCAGUCCUAUAAUCCUUCAGGUCCUGCUCCCCGGUCCUACCCCACCAUCUCCCCGGCCAAGAAGGACCUCCUCAACCCCAUCAACACCAAGGUCGACCCGCAGGACCAGAAGGCGAAGACCACCGAGAAAGAUCAGAUGGUCGGACUCAACGACAAGUUCGUUGCCUUCAUCGACAGAGUGCGCAACUUGGAGCACGAGAACACACGUCUCAAGACCAAGCAUGACAUCCUGAAGGAACAGCAGCGCUACCAUGGCAACGUGGACGAGAUCGUGGAGCAGCUCGGCGCCAACCUGCGGCGUCAGAUCGACAACCUGGACCGUGAUAGGCUGAAACUGGAGGGAGAGCUGGAACGAAGCCAGGAGGAGGUGGAGCAGACGCGCCUCAGAUAUGAGGAUGAGCUUCAGAAGAAGAUGGAUGCUGAGAACGACUUUGUGGUCGGCAAGAAGGAAGUGGACGAGGGCUUCCUGCAGAGGGUGGAGCUUGAGCUGACGCUGGAGGAAGUGGUGAGCGAAGUGGACUUCCUGAAGCAGGCGUUCAUGGAGGAGAUUAAGGAGCUGGAGUCCAUGAUUGUGAAGGAGAAGAUCAUGCUGAAGGGAAACGCAGGACCGGAUCUGGACCUGGAGGAGAUCAUCAACGCUGUCAAGAGGCAAUAUGAAAACAUGGCCUCCCGGAGCAGAGAGGAGGUGGAACAAUGGCACCGCAAGAAGAUGGAUGCUAUGGUCCUCAAGGCUGGCAAAUAUGAGGAUGACGUGCGUGACGUGAAGAAGGAGAUCUCAGACUUACACAGAGCCAUACAGAGAUAUAACAGCGAACUGGAGAAUCUCAGGAAGAGGAAAGAUUCCCUGGAGGUUGACAUUCGCAAUGCGGAGAGUAACGGUCAGGAGACGAUUGACAAGGCUCGCGAUCACCUGACACAGCUGGAGGACGCGCUGAGACGCACCAAACAAGUGAUGGCCAAGCAGGUGCGUGAGUAUCAGGAGCUGAUGAAUCUCAAGUUGGCUCUGGACAUCGAGAUCGCCACCUACAGGAAGCUGCUGGAAGGAGAGGAGAUGAGGAUGAACGGGUACGGCCGUGACCAGGACGGCCUCUACCCAGAUUACCCGGCGGUGCUGGACAACGCCCCUCUGGCGUCACGCGCCCCUUCCCUCGCCAACGUUCCCCAACGCAAGAGUGCGGUGUUCAUUAAAAUCGAAGUCAAGGACGGACGAGUCAUCUCGGAAAGCCAGGAGUAACCGGACUCAUGAGGAGAAACAGGAAACAUACACACCAACCUGUCUGCCAUCUGUGAAAUACUGUAGCUACUGCAAGUGUGUGUAACACUGUUUAUGUGAGUGUAUAUGAGUGAGUGUGUGUGUGUGUGUGUGAUUACAUGCAUGCAGUAGCAAUCCCAUAAGAAUGUGAGCACCAGUCAUCCUUUGUACUCCUCCGUCCAAAACAGCACCAGUCAUACCC